CUCCUUUCUGCUGCCUUUCAUCUUCCUCCCAACCAAACACUGCUAAACACAAGAAGCUGCGUCUGCCCGGCUCGCAAUAAGUCGUCGGUCCUGUUCCUGCUAUUUGUUUAAGUAAUGUAGAAUGGCGUCGGCUUUUGGGAAGAUUGUGGUCGGCACUUAUGUGGAGAUAAAGCGCAGUGAUGGACGUAUACACCAGGCGAUGGUGACCUCGCUGAAUGAUGACAACGAGAGCGUCACAGUGGAGUGGAUAGAAAAUGGAGACACAAAAGGGAAAGAAAUUGACUUGGAGAGUAUAUUUGCACUAAACACAGAUGUGGCUCCCGAUGAGGAGAUUGCCCCUAGUCCAGAGACUCCACCCCCACCAACACCCACAUGUCUGAAGAUCAAUAAGAUUGCAAAGAACCGUCGGACGAUAGCACCAAAUAAGAAUGACACUCCGUCCAAGGAUAAUAGAGUGAUUCCGACCCGGGCAAGACCCCAGCAGCCUCAGCAACCAGAGCCGGCGCCACCGCCUCCAUCACAGCAGCCUGUGCUGCCCACUCAAGCUCAGACUCAACAGCAACUACAGAAUGAGUUCUCACAUCACCUGAUAUCCAGAAAGGAGUCUGGACAGCUUUCGAGGAGGAAGUCAAACUGUGUGAAAGAGGUGGAGAAACUGCAGGAGAAGAGAGAGAGGCGUCGGCUUCAGCAACAGGAGCUCAGGGAGAGGAGAGCUCAGGAGGUGGAUACGACCAUUCCUAACUAUGAGAUCAUGUACAUGAUCCGAGAUUUCCGAGCCAGUCUAGACUACCAUCCACUGACAACAUCAGAUUUGAUUGAAGAGCACAGAAUAUGUGUUUGUGUGAGGAAACGUCCACUCAACAAAAAAGAAUUGUCCAUGAAGGAUUUGGAUGUGAUCACCAUCCCCAGUAAGGAUGUGGUGAUGGUGCAUGAACCGAAACAAAAAGUGGACCUGACUCGCUACCUGGAAAACCAGACAUUCCGCUUUGACUUCGCUUUUGAUGAAAGCACCACCAACGAGAUGGUUUACAGGUUCACUGCCAGACCUCUAGUGGAGACCAUCUUUGAGAGAGGCAUGGCCACUUGCUUCGCCUACGGACAGACGGGCAGCGGAAAAACACACACUAUGGGUGGAGAUUUCUCUGGGAAGAACCAAGACUGCGCCAAAGGAAUUUAUGCUUUAGCUGCUCGGGAUGUAUUUCUCAUGUUGAAGAAACCCAACUACAAGAAAUUAGAUCUACAAGUGUAUGCAACCUUCUUUGAAAUCUACAGUGGAAAGGUGUUUGACCUGCUGAAUCGUAAAACUAAGCUGAGGGUGCUGGAGGAUGGCAAACAGCAGGUGCAGAUUUUGGGGCUUCAGGAGAAGGACGUGAAGUGCACAGAGGACGUCCUGAAACUGAUAGAAGUGGGAAACAGCUGCAGAACAUCAGGGCAGACGUCAGCCAACGCUCACUCAUCUCGCAGCCACGCCGUAUUCCAGAUAAUUCUUCGGAGGAAGGGCAAGAUGCACGGCAAGUUCUCCCUCAUCGACCUCGCAGGAAACGAGAGGGGCGCUGACACGUCGAGUGCUGACCGCCAGACGCGACUGGAAGGAGCUGAGAUUAACAAAAGCCUGCUGGCACUGAAGGAGUGCAUCAGGGCUCUUGGCCUCAACAAGCCCCAUACUCCAUUUAGAGCCAGUAAGCUGACCCAGGUCCUGAGAGACUCCUUCAUUGGGGAAAAUUCACGCACAUGCAUGAUUGCAACAAUCUCUCCUGGCAUGACAUCCUGUGAAAAUUCACUCAACACACUACGCUACGCUAACAGAGUCAAGGAGCUCACUGUGGACACCAACCAAGUGAUGGAGGGUGGUCGACCCAACAUCCACGCUGUCAAUCAGCUGGAUCUUUUAGAUGAGCAGUGGCUGAGUAUCUCGCCACAGAGAGACGACUUCAAACUGCUCUGUGAGCAGAAUGAGGAGGAGGUGUCUCCCCAGCUAUUUACUUUCCAUGAGGCCGUGUCUCAGGUAGUGGAGAUGGAGGAUCAGGUCCUUGAGGACCACCGAGCUGUUUUCCAGGAGUCGAUCCGGUGGCUGGAGAAUGAAAAAGAGCUGCUGGAGAUGACAGAGGAGGUGGAUUAUGACGUUGAGUCGUACGCCACUCAGCUGGAGCAGAUCCUAGACCAGAAAAUAGAAAUCCUCAUCGAGCUCCGAGAUAAAGUAAAGUCAUUCCGCUCUACUCUCCAGGAGGAGGAGCAGGCCAGUAAGCAGAUCAAUCCCAAGAGGCCACGUGCUCUUUAGUGACUGGAGGCCGAAGAGAUUUAAGUGACACAUUCAGAAACGUAACCACUAGAUGUUCAGCACAACUCAGGCUGUCAAGAGCAACCGUGAAACAACAUUAAAAAAGGACUGUCUGAUGUAUCAACAGGCUCAAGGAAUCUCAUUUGUCAUGAUCCCUCUCCUCUAACAGAACUGGCUCCUCACUCAAUAUGGUCUUGUAAGAAAACUCGGGAAGGAAAAUAGUUUUUCCUUCUUUUAGUAGAUUUUUUUCAUGAAGAAUGUUUUAGUUUCCUCUCCUUAAAUUAUUUUCUUUUAUACUUCUUUGUACUUUAUUUGAACAGAAUAUUUUUUGACCUGGCUAAAGAAGAGAUCUCCAUCAAUUGUGUUUUUAAGGUUUACCGCAGUGAACCAGUAUUUAAUUAGUGGUUGUCCCUGGCUGACAUGUCUGCAUGUGCACUCAGUGAUAGCUAUGUACACCACUGUCCUAAGAUUUCAUGCUUUGACUCCUCAGUUGUAAAGACAUAUCUCAUAAGCGAUCUCUUCUUUCAUUUCCUCCCUGCUGUAGUGUCGGGCUUCUUCCUAUUUGUGUUUUGUUCCUUGUUUCCCUGAGGUUUCUUCUACAUGUAGUAUGCUUCAGUUUGUGCCAUUGCAUUCUAUGUGGUAACUGACCUAAAAAAAUUCUUACUUUAUGUAAAACAUGUUUUCCACCCCUGUUUAACACUUUGUUAUAAAACUAAACUACAAAAAAACCUGCUAUUAAUAAAUGUAUAGAGACAUAACAUUGGUUAUGUUGCUCAGUGUUUGCACCGGAUGUAAUGCUGGAUGAAGUAAUAAAAGAUUCCUGUCUUUCAUUUUAAA